GACUACAGUACGCACAGAUAAUACGCUCCAAAACACUUUAACUACUGCUUAUAAAUAUAGUUAUUCGACUUCUUUGUGCAGUUAUAACUCUACAGAGAAAUAAACAGCGGUCUGUGGAAUUAAAGACUUAUUUCUUGGGUUUAGAAAGAGCGCUGAAUGAACCAGAAGCAGAAGCAGCAGAGGUGGAUUAUCAACAGCUGAGGGCUUCGGCUGUAAACAUUCCCGUUCCUGAGGACAGUUCUGAGGGGGGAAACAUGCGGACUCGAUAUUACAAAGCCUGGCUGACUGGUGCUGAAUGACUCUUCACUUUUUAGAAACAGACGAGUUAUUUUGGGAGGAACCGUUCACUCAGGAGUUCCCACCCUUCUUCGCUUUUUAUACCUGCGGGAAAAGCUAUCUAGCGGAACACUAUGUUGGCCGACCUGAGCGAAUGGUUCUGGAACGAGCGCCUGUGGUUUCCAGUCGGUUUGGGCUGGGCCGACCUGCAGGAUCGCGAUGGGCGCACUUACGCCAAAUGCUCUGACCUCUGGGUAACCCUGCCCAUCGCCCUGGCGUUUCUCAUCAUAAGGCAGAUUUUUGAAAGGACUGCGGCACUUCGGCUGGCUUCACUGUUGGGAGUAAAGGAAAAGCAGCGAGUACGGGCGACGCCUAAUCCAACACUGGAGUCCUACUUCUGCACCACAAGUAAACAUCCAGCACAGAGCUCUGUGGAGUGUUUAAGUAAACAGACGGGCUACUCCCAGCCGCAGAUACAGAGAUGGUUCCGAAGACGGCGCAACCAGGAGCGACCCAACCAGCUCAAGAAGUUCAAAGAGGCCAGUUGGAGAUUUACGUUUUACCUUCUUGCUUUCUUUGCUGGCCUGGCUGCCCUCAUUGAUAAACCCUGGCUGUAUAACAUGGAAGAGAUGUGGAAGGGCUUUCCUACUCUGACUCUGCUGACCUCUCAGUACUGGUACUACAUGCUCGAGCUGGGUUUCUACGUUUCACUGCUCUUCAGUGUGGCAACAGAUGUUAAGAGAAAAGACUUUAAGGAGCAGAUACUUCACCAUGUUGCCACCAUCCUGUUGAUCAGUUUCUCAUGGUGUAUGAACUACAUUCGAGCAGGCACUCUGAUAAUGCUGGUGCACGAUACUGCAGACUAUUUACUCGAGUCGGCCAAAAUGUUUAACUACGCUGGCUGGAGAAAUACCUGUAACUACAUCUUCAUCAUCUUUGCCACUGUCUUCUUCAUCACAAGACUUGUGAUCUUUCCAUUCUGGAUCCUGCACUGUACGUGGGUGUAUCCAGUCACCAUCUAUCCUCCGUUUUUUGGUUAUUACUUCUUCAACGGCCUCCUCCUGGUGCUUCAGUGUCUGCACAUCUUCUGGUUUGUGCUUAUUCUACGCAUGGCAAUCAAGUUCCUCCCUAAAAAUCAUAUCGUAGAGGACGAGAGGAGCGACAGAGAAGAGACGGACGACUCGGAGGACGAAGACGCCAAGCCACACGAGAAAGAGAGACGGGUCAAGACCAAAAACGGCCCUUUGCAAAACGGCCACACUCCUUCAAAUAACAACCACCGCAAGACCGAGUGAUAGGAAAGGACUAGGACGGGCUCGGGUGUGGCCUUCUAUUGAUAACUGUAACACACACACACACACAUACACACAAAUACAUUUUACCAAGUAGAGAAAGCUGAUUAAGACCCUCCAACACUAAUCUUAAUCAAAUUAGAUACAAAUAAAAUGAUGUCCUUGUUAGUUUAUGCACUAUAUGCACUAAAUUCUGCGAGAGAAAUGAGGGGCGGCGAAUCGUGACCUGCUUUGUUGUGUAUGACCUGCCUACUGGCUUCCAUUUAGAGAUCAUGCCUCGUUUUUCUACCCUUAUUGCCUUAUUCUGUGUGUGUUCUAUAUGUCUUCAUAAAAAAAAAAAACACUGCCAAUAUUGACUCUGCAAUCACAACUAUAAGAAGCAUUCCAUGGUUUUCCAGCUGCUCCUAAAUGCCUGGACGUUACGAUUAGCGCCAGACCUUUUCACCCAGCAUUUCCGCCGGGUCUCCAAAAACAUUCCUAGAGUUCGUAUGAACCUACACUAUCGUCUAGACUAGUCUGGACCGCUUUACAUUGACCUGCACUAGCACUGCCUGUCAAAGCUUUCCCUGCUCAUGCCUAACACACACUGCAAGUACUUAAGCCGGAUUUCUCAUUCACCAACGGAUUUGGGGGGAGGGAAGGUGGGUACUGAAUGCCUCAUGCAAUAGUGUAGUAGGCUUUAUAGAGGUAAACGUGUAAGAAGUGUAUAACAAGGAGCUUGUUACACUUAAGCCUAGUUAUUGCAUUGAAUUAAACAGUGAACCCGACUUAAAAAAAAAAAAAAACCAAUUAUUAUUUAUGCUGUUUGAAAGAAUAUGCUAAAAUACACACAAGAAUUGUUUAUAUAAAUAACUUAUUUCAUUUAUGUUUUGUCUGUUUUACCACCGCUUAGUUCUACUCAGGGUCGCAGUGGGUCCAGUUCACUGGGGGGAAGGCAGGAAACACCCCAGACAGAGGUCGCCUGUCCAUCACAGGGCAAACACACACACAUACACACACACACACACACAUUCAAUUCAAGUAACUCCAGUUGAAGAUCCUGGGUUCGAUCCCCAGAUCUGUGUGGAGUUUGCAUGUUCUCCCCGUGUCCGCGUGGGUUUCUUUCGGGUGCCCCGGUUUCCUCCCACAGUCCACAGACAUGCAAGUGAGGUGAAUUGGAGACACUAAAUUGUCCAUGACUGUUCAAUAUAACCUUGUGAACUGAUGAAACUUGUGUAACGAGUAACUAUCGUUCCUGUCAUGAUUGUAACCAAAGUGUAAAACAUGACGUUAAAAUCCUAAUAAACAAAGUAACUCCAGUUAACCUGACUGCAUGUCUUUGGGAGGAAGUGGGAGGAAACCGGAGCACCUCGUGGAAGCCCACACAGACAUAUAGGGAGGACAUGCUUUCCAGAACCUUCUUACCAUGGGGUGACGGUGCUACCCGCUGUACUGCCCUAAAUAAAUAACCUGCAUUAGGAAAAUAAAAGGUGUUAUGACCUCGACUUGCUAUUCAAUCAUUUAAAUAAAUAAAUAUUAUUUAAUACAAUAUAAUAAAUAUAAUAAAUAAUUAUUUGAAUGCUAAAACAAUAAAAAGGGAGGCUCGGUGGGUAGCACUGUCACCUCACAGCAAAAAAAGGUCCUGGGUUUGAUUCCCAGGUAGUGUUCUAAGUCAGUUCUGGAUGGACUUUGCAUGUUCUCCCCGUGUCUGGGAGGAAACUGGAGCUCCCGGAGGAAAUCCACACACAGUCCAAAGACGUGCCAGUGAGGUGAAUUGGAGAUACAAAAUUGUCCAUGACUGUGUUUGACAUUAAAACUGAUUGAACUGAUAAAUCUUGAGUAAUGAGUAACUACCGUUCCUGUCAUUAAUGUAACCAAAGUGUAAAACAUGAUGUUAAAAUCCUAAUAAAUAAAUAAAUAAAUAUCCAAAGCGA